GAAGCAAUUAAAACCACCAACAUCACUAUGAGCGACUGCGGGUGUUCAUCGACCGGGACCUGCAACUGCCCUCAGGGGCAAUGCACCUGCCCCAACUGCCCGGUGAGCAUCACCGUUCUAAAACUACUCGGUGUUGAACUAAAGCUUCUCAUGCUCUCUGAUCCUUUCAGAAGCCGAAAUAGAGUCUCCAACUUAGCUCAAUGUCCAAGCUCGGCAAUAGAAGCUCAUCAUGAUUUGCAAUGAUACUCUAGUUGCCUCUAUGUACGAUUAGG